UCAGUACACCUGUGCAAGACUGAAGGGGAGGAGCAGUACACUUGUGCAAGACUGAAGGGGAGGAGCCGGUACACCUGUGCAAGACUGAAGGGGAGGAGCAGGUACACCUGUGCAAGACUGAAGGGGAGGAGCCAGUACACCUGUGCAAGACUGAAGGGGAGGAACCGGUACACCUGUGCAACACUGAAGGGGAGGAGCAGGUACACCUGUGCAAGACUGAAGGGGAGGAGUUGGUACACCUGUGCAAGACUGAAGGGGAGGAGCCGGUACACUUGUGCAAGACUGAAGGGGAGGAGCCGGUACACCUGUGCAGGACUGAAGGGGAGGAGCCAGUACACCUGUGCAAGAUUGAAGGGGAGGAGCCGG